UUUCCAAAUACUGCAAAGCGAUACUGAUCACUGAAUGGCUGCCCUUGGUACUAAGACUCGUGUCUGUGUGAUCGGAGCGGGUCCUGGGGGAAUCACUACCCUCAGAGCCUUGCAGGCCCAUCUGGACGAAAACUUAUUCCAAGUUGUGUGCUUCGAAAGAUAUGAUCGCAUAGGGGGCAUCUGGAACUUCAGAGCCAAGGAAGGAGUGGAAGAGGAUGGGCUUGAGGUGCACAGCGGAAUGUACUACAGCCUCAUCAGCAAUGGUCCCAAGGAAGCCCAGGAAAUACCAGACCACCUGUUCCCUCUUUCUGAUCCAGACCUCACUGGCUAUCAUUCUUUCCCCGAUCGUGUCUACUACCUGAAAUAUUUCAAUGAAUACGUGGAAAAGUACGGGCUGGCCAAGUACAUCCGAUUCAACAGCUGGGUGGAUUGGGUCAAGUAUGACUCAGCUUCGGGUAAGUUUGAAGUCACCAGUCGGGAUCUGAAAGCGAAAGAGACGAGAGACAAAGAGCCGUUCGAUUACGUCAUUGUGGCCACGGGACACUUCAAUUACCCAAACAUGAUUUCUUUCCCGGGACAAGAUUCGUUCACUGGGCAGAUAAUCCACUCAAAACAGUUCUUGGAUGCAAACAGGUUUAAAGGCAAACGAAUCGUGACUGUCGGGUCCUCUUACUCGGCCGAGGAUAUGGCACUGCAGGCGGUGAAGUCUGGUGCCGAACGUGUGUCCAUGUCUCACAGAACACGACCCAUUGACACUAGGAGCUGGCCAGAAGGAAUAGACCAGAAAGCAUAUAUUAAGGAAAUGGAAGGAAGCACUGUUAGGUUUAUGGAUGGAACUGAAGGCGAGUAUGACGUCAUAAUUCUGUGCACGGGGUACCUGAUCAAAUUCCCGUUCCUGGACAGUGACAUCCGACUGGAGUGCAGCAACCGCAUGGCGCCACCGCUCUACAUGCAGAUCGUUCACCCUCGCAACCCUAAAGUGUUCUACAUUGGGAUGCAGGACCAGUUCUAUUCGUUCCCCAUGUUCUGGCUGCACGGACACUUUUCCGCAAAAGUGAUCAAAGGUGACAUUACGAUUCCACCUGAGGAAGAAAGGUUUCAAGAAAUAUCGGAAAGUCAAAAGGAAGAAGCCACUCUGAAAACGAAAGAGGAUUCCAUGUACUUCCAGAACCGACACGUGAACGAGAUCUCUCGGCUAACAGGACAAGUGAGCAUUGACGCCUCGAAUGUAUGGAUCGACUGGCUGGCCAAUAGGAGGAAUGAUAUCACGGCCUACAAGCAGAAGACGCACAAAAGUGUGCACAGAGACGAAAACGGUGUACCGAAGCAGAGCCGCUAAAAUAUUUCAACGUAUCGUAAUCGAGAUGAAAUGACAAAAAAUUAACAGUAAAGUUACUAACCUGAACUGUAGGAUGUCAGAACCAUGUUUGAUCGGCAAGUCGAGCCAGAUAAAAGACUAACAAAACGUGAGAUCUUCUAAAAAUCGGUAUUACUCGGAGCUAUCUUCAAAGACUGACUGAGCAUCAUUGGUAUUUUGAUUUAAAAAAUUACAUAUUUAGAUUUGAUUGGACUAUUAUUAAUUUGAACAGCUAUCACACUAUUUGAAGUUUUU